AUGGAUACCCGAGGGAUUUCAUCUGGAGAACACUCAGAAAGCCGAAUACGAUCGAUGCAACAGAAUCCGUCCAAGGGCCAAGUUUUCAAUGACUAUGAGCACGAAGAUGUUUACAAGGGUGUGAUUAUUGACUACCUCGGAAAAAUGUUAUCGUUCGAGCUCAUACAAAUUUUCUUGUUUGUCAUGCGACAGCUCGAUGCCGCAGAGUUCAACGAGAUCCUGUUCUACAUGUAUAAAAUCAAAAUGCACAAGCCAAUGAUGGUAUACAUUGAUGCUUGCAAAUCUGACUCUAUGUUUCAGGAUAUUCUUCCUUCAAAUGUGGCAAUAACGGACGAACGCCUUAACACUUCAAGACGGCCGGAAUUGGAAGCAAUAAGUGGGACUCAGCUUCGGGACUGGUAUUAUACAUCCAAAGAUCCGCCGAAAAUAACCGCCGUUUGGGCCGACCUAACGGAGGUGAAUGGAAAUUGGUGGUAUUCAAAUGAUAUUGACAGGGAGAAGAAGUAUAAGAAACCGGUGAUUUACAUGGAUGCUUGCUACUCUGGCUCAAUGUUUCGCAGUCUUCUUCCUUCAGAUGUGAGAAUCCUGCCCCGGAUCCGCUUCAAUACCGUCUUCAAGUUAAAUGCUAGAUGUGAUUCUGAAUUACCCUGCACAAAGAUAUCGUCCCCAGAUGUAAACGCCAUUUUCUCGCAGUCCUCCGCCUUCGAUCCGGAAUGCGAAUCAAACACAGUGAAAUAUUGGGAUUGCUGA